GCAGCGCUCAAGGCGCCUGCGCAGACCCUGAAAAGCGGCCGGGGUGGCCCACAGUUUCCCUUUUCCGGUUUCGGAGCAACGCGGUGAGGAACAAUCGUCCACGCCAGCAGCCAUGCCGUCCAAGGGUCCUCUGCAGUCGGUGCAGGUCUUCGGACGCAAGAAGACGGCCACAGCCGUGGCGCACUGCAAACGGGGCAACGGCCUCAUCAAGGUGAACGGGCGGCCCCUGGAGAUGAUCGAGCCCCGCACGCUGCAGUACAAGCUGCUGGAACCUGUUCUGCUUCUGGGCAAGGAGCGGUUUGCCGGUGUGGACAUCCGAGUCCGUGUGAAGGGUGGUGGUCACGUUGCCCAGAUUUACGCAAUCCGCCAGUCCAUCUCCAAAGCACUGGUGGCCUACUACCAGAAAUACGUGGAUGAGGCUUCCAAGAAGGAGAUCAAAGACAUCCUCAUCCAGUAUGAUCGGACCCUGCUGGUAGCUGAUCCCCGUCGCUGCGAGUCCAAAAAGUUCGGAGGUCCUGGUGCCCGUGCCCGCUACCAGAAAUCCUACCGAUAAGCCCAUCCAGAGGAUCGGGGUUCACCUUUAUAAUAAAUUGGUUGUGGGGUGUGAGGUUUCAA